AUGGCUUUGGCGAGUUGGUUAGUUUUGGCUGCCGUGUUGCUGGCACAAGUAUUCACAGCAACAUUGCACAUACUAUCCAGAGUGAUUAUGAAGGACGGAACCUUCGUUUAUGCGGUAAUCACUUACCGUAAUGUAGUUUCUGCUCUAUCCAUUGCCCCUCUUGCCUACUACUUUGAGAGAUCUGCUGAAAAGAAAUUUGGUCGGGCAGUUUGCUUCUGGCUUUUUGCUAGUGCUGCAACCGUGACAUCCAAUUCUGCAUUUUACUAUUACGGUCUCCGUGAUGUCACAGCCACCUUUGCCACUAAUUUAUACAACUUAGUUCCCAUAUUCACUUUUCUCUUGUCACUCAUCACCAGAACAGAGAAAUUAGACCUGCGAACCAAACAAGGAAAAAUAAAGACUUUUGGAGUGUUGCUGUCGCUUGUUGGAGCACUAGUUGCAUCCUUGUACAAGGGAAAAGAAUUGUAUAUUGUUUACCACCACCAACACAGGGACUCUCAGACGGUCACCACCCAGAACUCCCAUGGCCACUGGGCGCGCGGCACAAUCUUGAUCAUUGCAUCAUGCUUGACACGUGCAUUAUGGUUCAUAGUGCAGCGUAAACUCUUGGCGGUAUUUCCUUUUAAAUAUACGGCAAUUAUGCUGCAAGGUGGUAUAUCAUCCACGCAAUCAGCAGUAAUUGGCCUUUGCCUAGAUAGACAUGUUGCUGCAUGGAAGCUCGGCUGGAAUUUAGAACUGCUCGCCAUAGUUUGCUCGGGAACACUUUAUUCAGCCGCAACAUUUUGCUUACAAUCGUGGGUGAUCUCAAUCCGAGGCCCCACUUAUCCAUCCAUGUUCAACCCGGUCGGUCUAAUUUUUGUAACCGUAACAGAAGCACUCUUACUUGGUGAAGCCAUCAGAGUCGGGAGUUUGAUUGGCAUGAUCGUCAUUCUCGCUGGGUUAUACUCCUUUCUGUGGGGCCCCAAAAAGAAAGAAGAUGGAGAAUCGGAGUCGACAACCCAACACGUGAUCAGAGAUCGGGUCAAUGCUGGAUAA